AUAUUUAAAUAACCCAAAUCAGGUAUAAACAUGUCCUAAAUACUUUCCUGGUUGGUAAGCAAUUUGAGAAAUAGGGAAGAAAAUAGAUUUCCAUAGUCAACACACAGCUGAAGUCAUAACAACAUCAAAAGGUCAUGGCAUCCAGUAAGCCUAUACCAUGUAGACCUUGUCAAGAAGGAAAAGUGAACACUAAAGCUGAUAUCUGGUGUUACAAUUGUGAUGAAGGAUUAUGUUCAACAUGUUCCAGUCAUCAUAAAAAAUUCAAAGGAACACGUGAUCAUAAAACUAUUGAUAUCAAAAGUAAUAAACCCUCAACCCAAGCUAUCACUACAGAAUGUGAUAAACAUGGCCAACAGCUUAACUUGUAUUGUCCCAGUCAUUUAAUGCCUUGCUGUGAUGAAUGUGUUUCCACCAGUCAUUCAAAGUGUACGGGAAUAAAAAGUUUAGCUAGUGUGGUGGAGAAAACUAAAAUUGAAAAGUCCACACAAUCUGUACAAAAACAAAUUGACUCUAUAAAGCAUUUCCUAGAUAAAUUGAUUAACAACAAAUCAAAAAACAUUAAAAGGUCUGAAAAAGAAAAUUAUAACAUAAAAGAAUUAAUUUUUAAAAUUCGCAAGGACAUAAAUAAACAUUUAACCCACCUAGAGAAGAAAUUAUGCAAUGGGGCAGAUACUAUCUGGAUUCAGGAAAAAUCAAAAGCAAACGAUUUAAUAACUGAAAUUGAAGGAAAACAGAAUAACUUAAAGGAAAUGCAAGACCAGUUACAAACAGUCAUACCACACACUUCAAAACUCCAAUCAUUUCUAGGAGUACAUCAGAUUCAACAACAAGUACAUCAAUGUCAGCGAUAUGUUGAUGAUCUGGAAAAUGAUGGUGGGGCGAAAGAAUUUAACAUCAAAAUGAAGCUAAGUGAAGAAAUGGAAAACAUACUUAGCAAGUUAAAAUCAUUAGAAUCCCUAGGAAAAGUAAUGGUUGUUAAAACAGAAACAGACAUGACUUUAGAAACAAGUGUGAGGAGGAAAGCACAAGUAGAAUCAAGAGAACAAUCCAACAUAAACAACAUGACCAUGAAUAUAGAGACAAAGAUAAAGAUCAACACAGAGAAGUGUAUCAGUGACAUGAUUUGUCUGAUGGACGGAAGAGUUAUAGUAGUGGAAGAGUUUGGUGAAGUUAACCUACUUACUUCUGAUGGCAAACUACAGAAACAGUUACCUAUACCUGGUAAAGCCUGGAGUGUCACACAGAUCAAUCAGAACACUAUAGCCAUAACUUAUCCUAAUGAGAAAGCCAUUAAGAUCUUCAAUAUGGAGAAUGAAACAGUUACCAAAGUUAUCGAAUUAGACAAGCAAUGCUGGGGUUUAUCAUUCUACAAUAAUUCCCUGGCUGUUGGUUUGAGCAAUGAAGAAAUCCGUAUUAUAGACUUGAAAGGAAAUACACUGAAGUCAAUACAAGUCAAGAGUGCAUCAAACCUGUGGAACCUUGUUUAUUGUAAUGACAAAGUAAUCUAUAGGGACUAUAAUGGUAAUGCAGUAUACUGUUAUGAUGAAUCAGGUAAACAGAUCUGGCAAUAUACACAGGAUUUAAGAGGACCAAGAGGACUUUGUAUAGAUACUUAUGGUAACAUUAUUGUAGCAGACUAUUACUCUGGUAAGAUAGUACUUAUAUCAAAAGAUGGACAGAAUAGUAAAGUACUGAUUGGUAAAGAGGGUGGACUGAAGUAUCCUGGGUGUAUUUGUUUUAAACAUAAUGAGUCUUCAGGUUUUAUUUGUGAUAACAGGGGCACAUACUUGGCAACAUUCAAUUUAUCUUCUUAAUACUGUAAUAACAUAUGCAUUGCUAAAU